GAAGUAUUGGAUUAAAAGAUGGAUUUCUGGACCAGCCAAAUGUGAUACGAACGUUGAAUGGCAUGUUAAAGGCUAAACAUAAUGUGAAGAAUUUUGCUAGAUUAAAUGGUGAAAGUACAUUGCGAAUUGACAAUGCGAAAGUUAAAGUGAUAGAAAGUCUUGAUGAAGAUGGUA